AUGUCUUUCCCCCAAAGAGGUGGUAGAGGUGGCGCACGUGGCGGCGCCAGAGGCGGUUCCAGAGGUGGUUUUGCUCCAAGAGGCGGCAGAGGCGGUGCUAGAGGUGGCGCUAGAGGUGGCGCUAGAGGUGGUGCCCGUGGUGGUGCUCGUGGUGGUCGUGGAGGCGCUAGAGGCGGCCGUGGUGGUGCCAGAGGUGGUGCUAAGGGCGGUGCUAAGGUCGUCAUUGAACCUCACAGACACGCUGGUGUCUUCAUUGCCAGGGGUAAGGAGGAUUUGUUGGUCACCAAGAACAUGGCCCCAGGUGAGUCUGUUUACGGUGAGAAGAGAAUUGCCAUUGACGAGCCUGCCAAAGAAGAGGGUGGUGCCCCAACCAAGAUUGAGUACCGUGUGUGGAACCCUUUUAGAUCUAAGUUGGCCGCUGGUAUUAUGGGUGGUAUCGACGAGUUGGGCAUUGCUCCUGGUAAGAAAGUUUUGUACUUGGGUGCUGCCUCAGGUACUUCCGUUUCCCACGUUUCUGAUGUGGUUGGACCAGAAGGUUUGGUUUACGCUGUUGAGUUCUCUCACCGUCCCGGUAGAGAAUUGAUUUCCAUGGCCAAGAAGAGACCUAAUGUCAUCCCUAUCAUCGAUGAUGCUCGUCAUCCUCAGAAAUACCGUAUGUUGAUCGGUAUGGUUGAUGCUGUGUUCGCCGAUGUGGCCCAGCCUGACCAGGCUCGUAUUAUUGCCUUGAAUUCUCACUUGUUUUUAAAGGACCAGGGUACUGUUGUCAUCUCCAUCAAGGCAAACUGUAUUGACUCUACUGUUGACGCCGAGACUGUCUUUGCCAGAGAAGUCCAGAAAUUGAGAGAAGAAAGAAUCAAGCCUUUGGAGCAGUUGACCUUGGAACCUUACGAGAGAGACCACUGUGUUGUCGUCGGUCGUUACAUUAGAAGCGGUUUGAAGAAGUAA